AUGUCCGAGUUUACCGCGAUGAAAGUGAUGGGACCCGAUGAAUGGGAAUCGGUCAAACUUCAAUUUUCGGGUCAUGUUUUAUGUGGAAGUGGGCGAUUUUCAAAUGUUUACGCAACAAAACUAGUGAGCCCAGAGACGCGAGAAGUGGCCAUCAAAAAUAUUUGGUCCGAUGCUUCAUCGGCCACCGAGAAUUACAUCGAAGUGAAAAUAUUAUCGCAUUUAUUUCAUCCGGCAAUUUCGAAUCUUUUGUAUUUUUAUACGAGAAACGCAAAUGAAAAGCGGAUUCAUUGUCUCAUUUUGGAUUAUUUGCCAACAGACAUGGGAAAACUUAAGGAGAAAGGCGUCAAAUUUGACACAUUGGAUGCGAAACUUUACAGCUACCAAUUAUUCGCAGCAUGCGCGUAUUUGGCUCAUAUGAAGGUCGUCCAUUUGGACAUUAAACCGCAAAACAUCAUUCUUGACAAUGAGGCCGGUUUUUUAAAGUUGGCCGAUUUCGGGAAUGCCCGCCGAUUGGAGACGACGGAAAAGAAGGGCAAUUCCUAUCAGGUUACUCGAUUCUAUCGACCGCCGGAAUUGUUGUUUGGCGGCGAGAAUUUUACGCCAGCGAUUGAUUUAUGGUCGGCUGCUUGCGUUUCGUUCGAGUUCUUUGCAAACCGCACCUUGUUUAAAGGGAAAGACACCCAAGAUCAGCUUGGGCUUGUAGUCAACGUUCUCGGCUAUCCAGACACCGAGGAUAUCAAGGCUAUGGGUGUGAAACGGCCGAGAAUUGCUAGGAGACCGGCACGGGGUCUCGAAAAGUUUACAAGCAACACUUUGGAUGGUCCCACUUAUGACUUCCUCAAAAGUUUGAUUGUGAUGAAUCCGGCGAAGCGAAAACCAGCCAAGGAUGUUCUAUUGAUGCCAAUUUUUGAUGUUCUCAAAGUGAAGCCGGCGACCGUUCGCGGCAAUGGAAGACCACUUCCAAGCGUUGAGGCUUACAGCAAAAUGGAACAUGAACGAUUGGCACCGAGCGAAGCUCAAAUGCGGGUUGAUAAGUCGACAUCCGAAGUGGCAAAAAUUAAAAAGGAAUCGUCAACGUCGUCAAGCGAAAAUGAUUGA